UUUAUUCAUUAAAUUGCAAAGGGGAGUGACGCAGUUAUUGUAGAUCUGAAGAUACUCCAUGCUUCUUUCUAUAUGACGUGAAAUCCCGCUUUGUUUUUUUAAUCAAUUGCCCGAACAGAUCGACAAAAAGAGGGUGUCCCGAACGUCGUCUGCACGUCGUAUGUCCGCUCCGAGCGCCCCUUGAAUUUCCGUGGAUGCCAUUCCCGUCGGAGGUUGCGGUAGAGCCCGAGGACUGGAUGUUAUAACCGGGAACGGAACAUGCCGCAGCCAAAGUCACGAAAAAUCGCCAUCCUCGGGUACAGAUCCGUAGGAAAGUCUUCCUUGACGAUUCAGUUUGUGGAAGGCCAGUUUGUGGACUCCUAUGACCCUACAAUAGAAAACACAUUUACCAAGAUGAUCACAAUAAAUGGACAGGAGUACCACCUUCAGCUUGUUGACACAGCAGGGCAGGACGAAUACUCCAUCUUUCCACAGACGUACUCCAUAGAUAUCAACGGUUACAUUCUGGUCUAUUCUGUUACUUCUAAUAAAAGCUUUGAAGUUGUUCAGGUUAUCCAUGAAAAGCUGCUGGACAUGGUGGGGAAGGUUCAAGUUCCAAUUAUGCUCGUCGGGAACAAGAACGACCUACAUAUGGAGCGAGUGAUCAGUUGUGAAGAGGGGAAAGCAUUAGCUGAAUCCUGGAAUGCAGCCUUCAUGGAGUCCUCUGCCAAGGAGAACCAGACGGCCGUGGAGGUUUUCCGUCGGAUGAUCCUGGAGGCGGAAAAGAUGGACGGUGUGCAGCCUGUAAAAAACCCCUGCUCCAUGAUGUAGAGCUGCCCAAUCAACACACAGGACACUGCACUGGGAAAUCCCGUUACUUGAAGGCUAGCCGCCAGUCCCUCUCCACCUCAGCUUAGUCCACGCCCCCUUCCUCAACCAGGGUCCUAAAUACCCAAAAAGUGUCUAUUUAUGGCUCUGAUUCCACUGUCAUUACCAGUAUUCCCCAUUCCCACCCCCCCUUCCCUCUCUGUCAUCCUCGUUUUUCUUUGUGUGUGUGAUUAAAAAACAUGGAUGGGUGGUUAUUCUCUUGUCUUAAAUUUCUCUCAGCCCACCUUUCCAUCUCCGUGCUCAGCGCUGAUGCAAAAGCCGAAGCAGCUGGUCUGGGUGUAUCAGAAUAAACAUUUGUAGCUAUAGGAACAGAAAUAGUAGGCUCGAUGCAUCUUAGCUUUUUUUUCCCUGCACAGCUUCCGUACAAGGCUACGGCCUUGUUAAAAAAGACCCAAGCUCAAACAAGUGUGGUGUCCGCCGUGCAUACGAAAAGGUGAUUAACAAAUCUUUAUUCUGAUACGUCACCAGCUGUGUCGGGCCCUCCAAUAUACACCUCUUUUCUACUUCAUCACCUCGCCGUGCCCGCGUCUCGGUCCCUCAGUUAGCUUCCCGUUGGUUACAGUCAGCCAAAAUUAAAUAAAGAAAUUAAGAAAAUCUGCAUCCAUUUUCUAAUGUUGAAAACGUUGUACAAAUGUUUUUGAUUGUAAUCAUUAAAGCAAAAAGUGGUUAUGUAAGCGGGA